AUGAGCGGCAAGACCAUCACACCUUCAGCUACUCCCAAGCUCUUAGGCGUGACAUUCGACCACGAGCUACGGUGGAAAGAACAAGUGCAGCAGGCAGUCCAGAAAGGAAACCGAGUCGUUACUGCAUUAGGAGGGCUGAGACAACUCCGCCCAGAGCAAAUGCGACAGCUCUACGAGGCGUGUGUCACACCGGUUGUUGAUUACGCCUCAACGGUCUGGUACGACCCACUCCGAGAUAAGACUCACUUACAACACUUGCGUACUGUUCAACGGACGGCGCUCAUCCGCAUCAUUUCUGCUUUCCGGACAAUAGCUACAUCUACGCUAGAAGUUGAAACGCAUGUUCUACCUACUCAUCUCCGUUUACGCCAUCGCGCACAAACCACCAUCGCCAGACUCCACACCUUACCACGGAAGCAUCCUAUAUGGGACACCUUGCUCCGGGCCCAAAGAAGACGGAACAACAUAGGAACAUCUGCCCGGUUCCCCUUCGUCGCGGAAGCCCUAAAAACCAUGAGCCCAGAGAGACUCAAUGAGCUAGAAAUGAUCGACCUAACUCCUCUACCGCCGUGGCGGACCGAGGCCUUUUCCAACAUUGAGAUCGAACCAGACAAGGAGAUCGCAAUAGCAUAGGCGGAGACUGCACGGUCCAACUCGGACAUUGUAGUAUACUCCGAUGCAUCGGGACGCCAAGGCCACUUGGGCGCCGCGGCGGCGGUACUGGAUGACACGCAGGAAAUAACCGAGAAAUACCAGACACAGGUCGGACCUAUGGACCGAUGGUCUGUAUAUGUCGCCGAACUAAUCGCAAUCUUGUACGCUAUUAAAAUCAUCAACAAGAUCGCCCUCCAAUGUCGGAGAUCAACCGGGGUGCGAGUGAGAACUACUACUGUCCUCAGCGAUAGUAUGUCGGCACUACAAGCAAUCUAGAAUCCAGGAAACAAAUCCGGACAGCAGAUCAUCUACGCUAUUCUAGAGGCAGCUAGGAACACCAAGACCCACGGCAUCGCGGUCCGACUACAUUGGAUGCCGGGGCAUUGCGAAGCACCUGGGAACGACACCGCAGACUAAAUAGCUAAAGAAGCAGCCAUACCUGGCAAAAUUCACCCAUUUUCCCCCUUGCUGUCACGCGAGAGGGCCUACAUCAGAAGAGGAAUCUACACCCAAUGGGAGAAAGAAUGAAA